AUGCCCGAAACGACUAAAAAGAGAAUCAAGCGCUCUCGAUUGGGCUGCCAUAGGUGCAAAAAACUCAAGAUAAAGUGCUCCGAAGAUAGACCAACAUGUGUCGCCUGUGCCAAAGCUAAGGUAUCGUGUGAUUACUCGUUGAAACUCACGUGGGGAGGAAGGCCAUAUAAGAACGCUGAACGACGGAAAGCUUCACAGAUCAAAGCGCCUUCCCAUCAGGGCGGAGGCACCAACCCCGGAGAAAUCACAUUUGUUGCAAGCUCCUUCGAGGGAAAGACCGAAAGCGACCAGCUGGCUCUGGUAAGCGAGGAGCCGGCCUCUCCAUCUGUUGCUCCGGGGCAAAUCAAGUUUGAAGAAGAUGAAAGUGCUGUGAACAUGGCACCUUCUGUCUCGAACGCCUCAACCAACAUUUCCACCAACAUUUCCACGAACAUGUCCACAAACAUGUCCCAAACCCUGAGCGGAAGCUAUGCUAUUAACUCGGAAAAGACUUUCCUGAACCAUCUGCCACGCUUCUCCCCACUGCAUUACACCGUGUCUCCGGACAGAAACCUCGAUCAUAUCGGAUCCCCUGCAAGCAGCACGCCGCUGCUCAUUACUGGCAUAAUUGAUAGCUUCUCUCAUGACAUUGCUGAACUCGAGAGGCAAAACGAAAGCUAUGUCCGGUCUAGUCACAGCGGCUCUCCAAAAUCAAACCCAGCCUGGUCUCCCACUGCAGUGAUAAAGUCACCAUCCAUGAGGUCUGUCUCUCCCUUGAGCCCAAUUUCGCCGAACUCGGACCCGUUACUGCGUUAUCACUCCCUUUUAAAUCAUACGUCUCCUUCUGAGCCUCACCAGGCCUUGCAUACCUUAUAUUCCAUCCCACCACAACUCACACCCCUCCCGGAUCUUCUAUUGAAGGUCCCUUGUUACCGCCAAUUGCUCAACUUCUGGGUUGAAGUUGCUUCUAAUGAACUUGUUCCAGCCCCGUCACACCUAUAUACUGACAACCCAUUUAAGGUGUUGGUACCACAGAUGGCAAUGCGAUAUCCCGGAGUUUUGACUACUGUUCUUGCAUUUGCUGCCCGCUGGAGAGGCGUCUUGACCAACGACCUAGAGGACUCAACGGAACUCGUUGAUCAAUUAUUGAACAGAUCAUGUAAUGAGCUUCUCAAACAACUUCAGAGCGAGGAAGAAGCCACCUCAGAUGGCGCGUUGCUCACUGCAUUACUCUUGUCCUGUUACGAGGUGGUCAAUUCGAAUGAUUUUGACAAGCAUAGGACACACACCAUUGGUGCAAGUCAAAUCGUCCUUGCUAGAAGUGCUGCUAAAGAGGCCCAUCAAAGCUCGCCAUCGUCCGACGACUCUGACAACUCCGAUCGUUCCCUUUCCAUGGUUUAUCAUAGAGAUGAAAGUAAUACGGCCUUCUUUCUCACGCGAUGGUUCUUCUACGUUGAUGUGCUUGGAGCUUUGUCGGCAACUCGAGGGCAAGAUAAGUACCUUCGUGCCUACAGAAACAAUCCUUGCUAUGUCCCCGUGGGUGCUAACAACUUGGCGUUGAAUGACGUGCAAGAUCUCGAUCUCCGUAACGACAUUGAUUUCUUCAUGGGCUUUGAUAGCCGUAUUAUCCCUCACCUCAUCAAUAUUGCACUCCUUAUUCGGGAGGUCGAGAAGGUCGAGGAAGCUUCGAACGGUGAAGUUCCUCAGCUACCAGUUUGGAUAGUCACAGAGGCUUUGGAACUAAAACACAAGCUUACACAGGCGCACGAAGCCGGUGAGGUUCGAAGGCAGGCCCUGACGGAACGCAAUAUUGAUACCACUUUGAAGCAAGACUCACGGACGGAUAAGCACAAAGGCAUAGACAAACUUCUUGCACACGAUAACUCACUUCGUGCCAGCAACAAGCUUUUCUUUUACAUGGGGAUGAUAAAUCUCUACCGUCGUAUUCUCAAGAUCCCUCGGCUGUCACCGAUCGUUCAACAAAUUGCCAACGAUAUGGCCGAUGUCUUACACUUCGGAAUUGAACCCAGAAGCUCUGCCGAGCUCUGUACCAUCUUUUGCCAUUUCUGUGCUGGGUGUGAACUCCUCGAUCCAGAAAGAAGGCAGCAUAUAUACGAGAGACACUUAUGGAUGGCCCAAUCUGGCAACAACAACGCUUCAAAGAGUUUAAUGGUAAUGAAACGCUGUUGGGAAAGUGGUGAAGAUUGGGCUUCCGCAGCAGACGCCUUGGAUAUCGACCUCGUCUUGAUGUGA